AUGAUUUAUACAAGUGAAGUUGCUAAUUUCAAUGUGGUCAAAUAUGCAAAGGCCAGUGAAAAAAUGAUUUAUACAAGUGAAGUUGCUAAUUUCAAUGUGGUCAAAUAUGCAAAGGCCAGUGAAAAAAUGAUUUAUACAAGUGAAGUUGCUAAUUUCAAUGUGGUCAAAUAUGCAAAGGCCAGUGAAAAAAUGAUUUAUACAAGUGAAGUUGCUAAUUUCAAUGUGGUCAAAUAUGCAAAGGCCAGUGAAAAAAUGAUUUAUACAAGUGAAGUUGCUAAUUUCAAUGUGUUUACGGAAUCAAGUGAUUUCCUGACUUUCAUGAACGAACUUUUUGCAAUAAGUGAGAUGGUUCAAAUUUGUUGCAGAGGAAUGCUUUACGAUCCCGAUACAAGGAUUGUUUAUGUUCCAAAUUCUGGCAGCAAAGGUAAACCAACAACAAGAUCACAAAAUCAUAAAGAAAGCUUUGAUGGACAUACCAGAGAUUCAAAUGAUCGUGAUAAAUCACCUAACAGACUAACUACCAAUGAAUCGAAUCAUAGAAAUUCGAAUGCUGGUAGAGGUGGAUAUGAUGAGGUAAGAAUCACGGUGGACGAGGUGGGUGAUAUUACAGGUUUAACAUAUGAUUCCGGAGCAAGUCUCAUUGUUACAUCUGAUGCAUCUAUAAAUAAUAAUACAGUUAAAAUUGUUCUUCAUGAAUUCGGUAAAAAUGGAGCCUGA